AUGCACCAGCAGUUGACAGAAAAGUAUCGCCCGGGGUCGCUGUUAGAGGUAGUUGGAAACAGAGAAGUUGUUUCAUCUCUUCAGUCGAUCUCAAGUGCAGGUAGGAUCCCUAACAUGCUGUUCUACGGGCCUCCGGGUACAGGCAAAACAACGUCGAUAAGAGCCAUCGCAAACAACCUCCCAAGAACAAGUGUUCUCGAGCUGAAUGCAAGUGACGAGAGAGGAAUAGCAACUGUAAGAGAAACCAUAAAGGAAUUUGCAUCAACAUACUCCAAGACAAUGAAGCUGGUCAUACUGGACGAGGCCGACAUGAUGAGCAGGGAUGCCCAGAAUGCCCUCAGAAGGAUAAUCGAAGACUUUAGUGCAAACACAAGGUUCUGUCUAAUAGCUAAUCACCUAAGAAAGAUAAUUUCUCCCAUUCUUUCUAGAUGCACCAAGUUCCGAUUUGGCCCUAUUGGAGACACAGAAAAUAGGAUAGAGGAGAUAUGCAAAAGAGAAAGCAUCAAGUACACCCCAGAGGGAAUCAAGGCGGUGUCUCGGAUUUCCAUGGGGGACAUGCGUAAGGCGGUUAACGACAUCCAGGGAAUAUCUGCAUCCUUGGGCCAGGUCGACGAAUCGAAUGUGCGGAGAUUUAACGGAAUUGCUCCUUCAUCUGUUUAUGAGGAGCUAUUUAGGAAUCUCGGGAGUAUGGGCAUGCCGGAGCUUAGGGUCGAGCUCGAGCGUCUGAGAUAUGAGUACAGCAUGGAUUGUGAUGCUUUAUUGGGAAAUCUUGGAGAGCUGGUCCGGGAAAGCAAAAUGAGAAACAAAAUGAAAAUACUAAAGGAGAUGAGCGAUAUCGAGUAUAGAAAAAGCAUAGGGUGCAGCGAAAAAGUCCAAUUGGAUGCCAUCAUUUCUAUAUUUAUACUUAACAGAAGCUGA